GCGCCCACUCUCGGCUCUCGGCUCGGCGGUGUGACAGUAGACGUGUCGUCGCGCAGCAGUAGUACGAAACCCAGCAGCCUGACCAGUGUCGGGGGGACGGUACCGCCGCUGUUCCGCUGCUUUUUUCGCGUUUUUGUGGACAAAUUCUUUCCACAACCCGCAAUCGCCGUAAUCGAUUUUAGUGAUAUAGUUUUUGGGAGCAGCAGUGGGGCGCUCGGGUUGAUUGCAAUCGACAGUUUGGUGCGAUCACAGCGUGUGUGUGUGCGUGUGUGUGUGUGGCUUUGGUCCUUCUUCUUCCUUGGGUGCUGUGGAAAUUGUGUGUCCGUGUGUCCGUCUGUGUGUGCGGUGUUAAUGGCUGAGAGCAGCAGCAGCAGUAGCGCCACCCGUACUACUUGAACGCGGCGGCGGCAAGGGGCAAUUUCUUUGUGAAACCGUGUUUUCGAUCCGUUCCGUGGCCACUGUGGGCGUGUACACGUGUGUGUGUGUGUGUGUAAGGGUGUAUGUGCGAAAGGAAAUUCCUCUUUUCACGUGUGCCGUGCGUUUCGGUCGGAGCUCCGUUGGCAUUUGGUUCUUUCUGCUCGAGGCUAAACGAAUUUUGGUCCCGAUUAUAGCAAACCCUCCAAAUACCUUGGAUGCCCUCGGGGUUGCAGAAGAGUUCGGUGCUGUGUGUGUAAGCAUCCUAGUUGUAGAAGCAGAUACGGCUUUUCCCGUGGUUUGAAGUGAAAUCACGACCAAAGAAAAAGGGCAUUCGAACGCCGAAAACAGCCCAUCAAUAACCCGUAGUGAGGGCUGAAGAUAAGAGAGUGUGUGUGUGUGUUCGUGCAGCCCAAAAGCCAAUCGCCUGUGACAGCAUAACAGCACGAUUGUCACCAUAUCGUGGUGUCGCCACUCACUGAAUGUCCUUUUGGGUGAAAAUCGCGUGAAAAGCCACAUACACAGGAGGGAGCGGGUUACAAUCGGACACGCUCUGUCCAUCAAGCGGCACGUUCCAGAAGCUCCGACAGAUAGGCAAACCCCUUGUGUGUGUGUGCGCGCGUGUGUGUGUGACUAUCCCCAUGAAGUGCGCCAUGCAUACGUGACGCUCCCUGUGGCCGCGUUCGCGUUCUAUGCGCGUCCCACGGAAUUAGAGCGAAAGAUUGUUGUGUCCGUGGGCCUGUUCGUUGUACGCCAGAAAGCAAUUCGAAGGAAAACACACACCCACCCCACCACGGAGCUGCGGAACGACACGUGCGGAUUCCCUCACAAGCUGCCGUAGUAGCCGUAGUGUAGUAGCCGAAGCAGCAGCAGCAGCAGCAAGAUGAGUCGCGAGGUGCAGAAGGAGAAUGCCACCCCGAGCAGUGCGAGCACGGGAACCGAGGGGCACCAGUACGUCGGCCCGUACAGGCUCGAGCGGACGCUCGGCAAGGGCCAGACGGGGCUGGUCAAGCUCGGGGUCCACUGCGUGCUCGGCAAGAAGGUGGCGAUCAAGAUUAUUAACCGGGAAAAGCUGAGCGAGUCGGUGCUGAUGAAAGUCGAGCGAGAGAUUGCCAUCAUGAAGCUUAUCGACCAUCCGCACGUGCUGGGGCUAACGGAUGUGUACGAAAACAGAAAGUAUCUCUAUCUCGUCCUGGAGCACGUGUCCGGUGGCGAGCUGUUCGACUAUCUCGUGAAGAAGGGCCGCCUAACGCCGAAGGAGGCGCGCAAGUUCUUCCGCCAGAUCAUCUCCGCGCUGGACUUUUGCCAUUCGCACUCGAUAUGCCACCGGGAUUUAAAGCCGGAAAAUCUGUUGCUGGACGACAAGAACAACAUCAAGAUUGCGGACUUUGGCAUGGCAUCGCUGCAGCCGGCCGGUUCGAUGCUGGAAACGUCCUGCGGAUCGCCUCACUACGCCUGCCCGGAGGUUAUUCGGGGUGAAAAGUAUGACGGUCGCCGGGCGGACGUGUGGUCCUGCGGUGUCAUCCUGUACGCGCUGCUGGUCGGUGCGCUUCCGUUCGACGACGACAACCUGCGCCAGCUGCUGGAGAAGGUGAAGCGGGGCGUGUUUCACAUACCACACUUUGUGCCGCCGGACUGUCAAAGUCUGCUCAAGGGCAUGAUCGAGGUGAACCCGGAAAAGCGGCUUACAUUGGCAGAAAUCAACAAACAUCCCUGGGUGACGGCUGGUGGCAAGGGUGAGCUGGAGCUGGAACUACCCAUGAUGGAGGUAGUGCAGACGCACGUCAUCCCGAACGCGUCCGCGGUCGAUACGGACGUGCUCAAUGCCAUCUGUUCGCUCGGUUGCUUCAAGGAGAAGGACAAGCUGAUACAGGAGCUGCUUAGCCCACACCACAACACGGAAAAGGUGAUUUACUUCCUGCUGCUGGAUCGGAAACGAAGGCGACCGGCGAUCGAGGACGAGGAGGACGUGCUGAGACCGCGCAACGACAUCAUUGAGAUCGCCGACCCGCCCCGGAAACGGCUCGAUACGUGCCGGAUCAACGGCAGCAGCAGCCUUUCGUACGGCCAGAUCAGCGAGGGUUCGCCGCUUACCUCCCGGCGGCAGACGUUCAACAACGGGCACCGCAGCCACAGUGGCAGCACCAGCGGCGGCAGCCGCCGGUCACCCUCGUCCGUGCCACUGUCGCGCAGUUCAUAUCAGAGUCCAACGCGCGGCGUAGUGGUCAACUCCUCGCAGCCACUCAAUCAACUCCAUCCACCAUCGUCUCCUAAUGCGGCCUCGAACCGGCACUCGAACUACUCGCCCAGAAGCAGCACCAAGUCGCAGGUCAUCGAUUCCUCCUCGCCAGUGCACCAUCGGGCCAACUCGGGGCCGGCGGUGACCGUGGGUCUCUUUUCCGAAACGGACUCUAACAACAUGACUUCAUCAAUCAAUGCCAUCCCGGGCUCGCCAAUACUGGGCAGUCCGCAGCAGCUGCAAGCCGUCACCACCGGCAGCCAGCUGUGGAAGACACGACUGACGAACAUCAAGAAUAGUUUCCUAGGAAGUCCAAAGUUUCAUCGUAGAAAAAUGCAAAUAUCAACUGAAGAAGUGCAUCUUACUCCGGAGUCAUCGCCGGAGCUGACGAAAAAGUCUUGGUUCGGCAACCUGAUGACGACCGAAAAGGACGAAACGUUCACAGUAUUAGUGAAGGGUAAGCCGCUAGCGACGGUCAAAGCUCACCUGAUCCAUGCCUUUCUGUCGAUGACUGAGCUGUCGCACAGCGUCCUCUCGCCAAUGUCUUUCCGGGUGGAGUACAAGCGGGGCGGUACCGGACCGACCAUGUUCCAGCGGCACGUCCGGAUACAGGUCGACAUCAACACGAUCUGCAAGCAGGGCGACGUCGGCGACAUGCUGUUCGCCAUCACGUUCACGCUAAUCUCGGGCAACAUCCGCCGGUUCCGGCGCAUCUGCGAGCACAUCCAGGCGCAGGUCUGCUCCAAACGCUACCCGGCCCUCAGCAGCCCCACCAACCAGCACAACAACAAGGUGGCGAACAGUGUGGCGGAAAGCAUAUCCUGCGGGUCGGAUUCGAGCGAUCGCAUCAACUACAACAAACACAAGGAGUCCGACAUUGAGCAGGAAACGUUCUACGAUACGACAAGCAUUGGGAAGACGCGCCGAUCGUCGGCCACCUCCUCCAACAAGAACUCAGUGUCGUCGGACGAGAUCGAAAUCAAAACAGUACGCUCCAGCUCGGAAUCCACGGAACGUGAGCGGGAACGCAGCACGGAACGGCCGGCGGCCAUGUCCGGUAGUGCGCUGGUAUGAGAAUUAUUUCUCUGAUAGGAUUCAGCAAACAGUGGCCCUCCCGCAGACGGUGCGGAGGCAGCCGGACCGAAUCCUACACGCAGCGCAGCCGCCGAGCCGCCCAUCCCCUGCGCCCCGGACGUCCCCGGUGACGCAGAGGGGCUUGCGAUCGCUAUCGUGGCGCCCCCUGCCGAAGAGACGGACGAUUCGGGCGAGCUGAUGGAGCUGAUUGCUAAUCAAAUGGAGAUCUGACUAUAAGCUUUCACACCCAACCACAACCACAACAACAAGGCGGCCUUCUCAGCGCCUUCUUCCUACAGUCCUUCCUUUUCCAUGUUUAGUGCAACCACUCGUCUCCCGGCAGCGGGAGUUUGGUUUGAAAUGGUGUUGAAGCGUUGAAGUGAAGCAUGCCCCGAAACAGGCCGAAACCGAUACCGUUCCAGCAGACGAACAAUCCUUAUACUACUAGUGCUACUUCAACCAUCACUACUACUACUACUACUACUACUAUCAGUACUGCUACUACGGACUACUUAUCGCCUACUACGAUUUACUACUACUAGCUGUCAGCGUGUGCAGCAUUAGCAAAAGACCCGUUCAUCCUGGGGCAGGGAAUUGAGUGUAACGGGCAAAAAACGGACCGAGUGUGUGGAGAUGGUGGAGAUGUGCAGUAUAUAGUCACCAAAGGCUAGCCAACUAUUUCAUUAUGGUCAAUUUCGUAUCGUAUCGCAUCGAGUAAAUCUAGUUAUUCAAACCUUGAAGAGCUGACUUUCAAAACAGACGUUGAAAGAUGGAAACUCAUUUUACAAGAAAACACAUACACACACACACACGAUUCAUCUAAGCUUACACUGUAGCGAAUAGGCGGCAGAAAGCAGGAAGAAGACUUUGCCAAGUAGAACUAUCCAUUGCAAAGAACAUUGGCUUGUUGAGAAUUUCUACAGAGCGCACCGAAGUUGGAUCGGAAGAUGUGCGAAAGCGGCAUCCAUAUACAGGGGUUAAACGUUUCGAAAACCGAAGCAAGGUACGAUAUUACAGGGCGCGGCCAGGUUCGCUCAGCCCGGAUAACCCGGAUCACACUUCAGAGGUUUUAGAGGCACGGUUUGUAAACGUAACAGUAUCUUUUAGGCACAUACAACAAUCUUACUCUUGUUGUUCGGGCGUGGUGGCACUGAGGAUGGAAAGCGAAUGAUGAAGCUACGGAGACUGUUGUGGUGAUUUCAAUUGAGCAAUUGUUGGGGAAGUCGAAUUCUGAAGGGGUGGAAAAUUGGAGAAGGAGUAACGAUGCAAUGAAUCGUGCGCAGGAAGUCACGUGCCGAACAAAACUCUCAUACUUUAUCUAAGCUAGUAAAGGAGGGCAAGUAAAUGCAAUGGCAAAUUGUAAGUAAGCAGCUAUCAAAACAGAGUAACAAACUUAAGCUAUAAUACUCUAUUAUAUCUCACACCGAAACGAACCUAACACUAACUGCUUUACAACAAAACAUACAAAACAAUGGUAUUCAAUGGUGACACACUGUAGCGGAGAUCUGGUGAAAAUGACACGUAUAAAUGCUCCUAAAUAUGAAAGAUCCAUGAUGAUCCACUAAAACUAGACUAGUCUAAAUGGAGAGAUUGAUUUGGAUUCGUGUCUAUUGCUUUUCUCAAACUUCUCAAUCGCGGCGGAAAGGUAUACUCACAUUCACUCUCGCAAUACGAAAUAACUCACUAAACCUUACAACAUCUAGAUGGAGCUAUAGGUUACAACACGUACUCAAAAUUUAGUCUAAUUGCUGCCGGGUCCGUUACAAGCCGGGCUGAGUAGCGAGCGAGAAGGCGAGUACCGCAGCAGCAGGGAAGUGUACUGAUCGAUAAGUCGGUGAACACUACCGUGAAAUGUGACGUCACAGUAUAUAGUGCAAUUCGUAAAAAACAAGUAAGAUUUAGCGUCGACGGCUCGUUCGGCCAUACGAGUGUGGAGCGUAGCAUCCAUGUAUGAAAGCUUUCCUUUUUUUGAACUUUUUUCCGUUUUCUUUUUGUGGUAAGACGCUAGUGUAAUAUUGUUUAAGAGUGGUUUUGCUUGCUUCACACACACACACAUGAACAAGUUUACAUAGAUGCGGUGGGGACAGAUGAGUGCAGGGGCAGGAGAAUAAAGAAAAUCAAAAUCAGGCUUAUUCUCUUAAAGUAAGAGCAAUGGCAUCGCAAUACCGCAAAACCCAAACAAUGGCGUAGACAACUAGAAUCCAACAGUGGGUAUGUAGCAAAUAAUCCACUACAAAACUGCGGACGCUUAUUAGUUUUAUUGCUUAAAUGUUGAUACACAUAAGGAGAUUUGUGUGUGAGAUUUGGAGGAACUCAAGAAUCCAAUCAGCAAAUGUGAAAGUAAUCCUAAUGGCCACCUAACACUUAGAAUUAGAUUAAGAGCGAUUUAGACGGUGAUUGCGUUACUUUAUGUAGUUAAACUUCAUUCUGAUUUGAUAGGAUAAUCAAAAUGUAAACAAAAUCGCUACAAAUAGUUCUCUUCCUUAAGGUACUUCAUUUAUCAACAACAACAAAAAACUACACUCAUUUACACCACUCCCAUUUUCGAUUAUGCCCCCGCUGUAAUUAUCACUUGUUCACAAGAACGGAAUGUUCUUUCACAGGCCUGUUCUAGGAAACAAACAGAAGAGGUCGUGGAUGCCAGGUGCGUUCCAUGUUCCGCCUUGCUCUGGUGUGAACCCCGUUCCAAGAACUGGCUGGCUUCGGCUUUCGUGCGAGCCUUAAGAACUCUACUCAAGUCUGUACCGUGUGCGUACUAAGCAGGGACGAUUAUACUCAUACAUACUGUCUUAUGAAGGAUGAGUCUACGAAUAUGAAGCUGUCCAAGGCACUGGGCCAGCUAUUGUUUCACUAGUCCAUAAUUAGGUAAAGCAGGCUAACAAAUACUCUCUCUGUUUCUACAUUGCAACACACGAAGAUUCUUAUUACAGUCGCCAAACACAGAAGCAGCGGAAAUCUGCCAAUAUUCACACGACACUGUGCCCGAUGCGCAUUCAAGGUUCAAGCAGUGGAAUAAAUCAAAACGAAAAUUGCCGAAAAACUUAACCCUAACUCAUUACCACCAUUACUACCACGAGGAUGAAGGAGUUUCUUUUUAAAAGCAAAUGCUUUACUUUAAAAAAUGCUGACGCUGCGUGUAAUAAAAAUGUAACGCUACACAUGUAACAAAGCAUGAUCGCAAAACUGAAGAGACAAAUCGUAAAUCAAAAACUAAACAAAUACACAUACACACGUACAUCUAUCCACGUAAAAAGGGAAAAUUAAUCAGCAAACAAAACAAUAAGUCGGAUAACGCAAACAAAAAAAACGAGAACCGAAACGCUACGCGAUGUAAUGUAAGUAAAUUGCUUGUGUAACUAAAAUAUACUUUUCAAUUUCCUACCAAAACGGAGAGCUUAUAGCAAGUUGAGCUGGGAGCGAGGGGAGCGCUGAAAGUGUGUGUAAAACAGGACCGUGAUUUUUGCAGUCUAUUAAGCAUCGCCGCAUUGUAACUUGGCCGCAAUUGGCGUGUUUGUGUGUGUGUGCGUUUUAAAGGGAAAUUAAACGGUAAGAUAUGUAAAAAAACACAAGAAGACAGGUAAAACAAACACACACGCGCAACUAAGUUGAACAAAACAAAGAGAAAAGGGGGGAAAAGGUAAAGAAAACAUGCUAAACGCAAAUUUGUAAUAAAAGAAAAUGCUUAAUAAUUGAGAGAAAACGAACAAACAAACACGUAAGAAGGGCUAGAACAUGUGCAGAAGAGAAAAGAAAACAAAGCUUGUGCAAAUAAUAUACAGUGCUAGUCGUUAUAGUUGUUGCAAAAAAAAAAAAUAACGAAAGAAGACAAAAACCGCAAUCCGUUGCAUAUAAGAAAGAUGGAUAGAAGUACAGAAGAAAACAAAAAACAAACUCGAGAGUGCAAUGUAUGUAAUGUAAUGGACAGCAUGUAAAUGAAGUGUUUAAAACGGGAGCUUUGCAUUAUUACGAAAAGAAAAAAAAGAAAAGGUGUGAAAAGGGAAAGGAAAGCAGGGAAUGGUGAGAAGGAGCAGAAAAAUCGAACGGCAAGCUAAACUAACCAAAGUACAUUAUGCACACAAACACAGUGAGAAAAGCAACACAUUCGAACAUACCAAACAAGUCCAAAAACUUCAAAGUAGAUAGCACAGACCCAUCAAAAUAGUUUGCAAAACAAAACAAAAACGAACCCAAUUUGCGAUACAAUGAAAUAGAAAAGAGAAACAGAGCGUUCACCGGCAUUUAACACAAACAAACACGUUUAGUACACACGUGCACCUACACACGCCACGUGGGAGACACAGCGCUACAACACAGUCACACACACUCACACACACAUAGACAGGUUGUGUUGGUUGUGAGGCGGUAGUUACACACACGACAUUUGGGAAUAGUAUGGGUUGCGCUAAUUGUGUAAAGUUGUGCAAACAAUGUUUUUGUAAAAAUUGAACAAACAAAAAACUUUGAGGAGAAGAGGAAGAAGAAGGACACGCGCUGGACCGACUGUUUGCUCCCCCUCCAGUCGUCCACUCUGCCAACAGGGACGCCGCCGUGGGCAGGUCGCUCGCACCGCCGGGGGGUGUGUUUGUUUGUGUGCGCGAAUGGGAAAUAAUAUACAAAUUUCGAAAUACACGCCAUUGAAAUUA